GAGAAAGCAAGGGCGACAGAGCCCUACUGUUUUUGGUGGGAAAAUUUUCGUGACCAUACUCUAAUGGAGUUCCAAGAAAUCGAAUUUCUCCGAUUUCAUGGAGCUUUUUUAAUCUAAAUUGGAAGUGAAAGAAUUAAGUUAGAAGUGAUCGGUCGCAAUUAUCAAGUGUGUUUGCGGGAGUUAUCUGUGGUUUAGACUGAACUUUUGUUGUUAUCGGUGUUGUGAUUUUGGAAGGCCUCAACCUUUGUAUCUGAAAGGUUGAGGUUGGAUUACAUCAUGGACUGCAACCGGGAUGAGGCCCUUCGGGCAAAAGAAAUUGCUGAGACGAAGUUCCAUGCGAAUGAUUUCGUUGGCGCCAAGAAGUUCAUUUUGAAGGCUCAGAAUCUCUGUCCUGCACUCGAGGGCAUCAAGCAGAUGAUUACAAGUCUGGAUGUUUACAUUGCUGGCGAACGAAGAAUUAAUGGCAUGAAGGACUGGUAUGACAUUCUAUGUAUCAAUGCAUCAGCUGAUGAAGAGACUUUGAAGAAACAAUAUAGGAAGUUAGCUCUCCAGCUUCACCCAGACAAGAACAAAUCUUUUGGUGCUGAAGGUGCUUUCAAGCUUAUUUCUGAGGCGUGGAGCGUCUUGUCUGAUAAGGAAAAAAAAGUUAUCUAUGAUCAGAAGAGGAAUGUGAGCGAAUUCAUGCAGAGAGCUCCGAACUUUCAAAACGCACAGCCUUUUUAUGCCGCUGCUAGCAGUGGGUUUAAAUUUCCGACCAAAUCACAAGAAGAGCCUUGCGGAGAGAAGAAGAAUGUGAAAGAAUCUCCUCAGAGAGUUCCAAACUCUCAAAACGUUCCGCCUUUUACUGCCACUGCUAGCACUGGGUUUAACAUUCCCACCGGGUUUAAUAUUCCCACUGAAUCACAAAGAGAGACUUUCAUUGGGAAAAAGACAGUGAACGAAUUUGUGCAAAGAGUUGCAAACUCUCAGAAAGAGUCGUCUUUUACUGCUGCUGCUUCCAAUGGGUUGAAAAUUCCCACCAAACCACAAACAGCGCAGCCCUUUCAUUCUGCAGCUUCCUAUGGGUUUGAAAUUCCCACCAAUUCCCAAACAGAACAGCCGGUUCAUUCUGCAGCUUCCUAUGGGUUUAAUAUUCCCACCAAAUCACAAACAGAGCAGCCAGUUCAUUCUGCAGCUUCCUAUGGAUUUAAAAUUCCCACAGCAUCACAAAAGGAACCAGAGGUUCCUACUUCUGCUGCAGAUGGGAUUAAAAUUCCCACCAAAGCACCAAAAGAAGCCCCUGUUCCUUCACCUGGCACUACUGCCACAGCUGCUGCUGCUGCUCCUACAUCUGCUGCAGCUGUCUCUGGUCUUAAAAAACCCAGAAACAAAACCACUUCUGGUGCAGAAGUUCGUAGGAGGAGAACUGCUACUAAACGUGGUGCACCGUCUGUUGUCCCUUCAUCUUCUAAGCUGAAGGUUGACACAUUUUGGACUUCAUGUCCCUCCUGCAAACUGCUCUAUGAGUACCAAAGGACGUAUCUUAAUCAUAACCUUGUGUGUGCAACUUGCAACAAGGCAUUUAAUGCUACUGAGACUGCUGGUCCAACUGAUGGAAUUAAUCAGAUGCCGCCAAGGCCAGCUUCGAAGAAUCAGCAACAUGCUAUGUAUGAUAACAAGCCAGGCAAUGACACUUGUGGUUCGGCGAAGAAUGCUGACAAUUUGACUGGCAUUGGAGCAAAAGAAGGCCAGCAUGAAACUCAAUCUGGCAUUCAGCACAAUGAAAAUUACAAUUGGAGCACUUUCUUUAAACAAGCAAGCGGUACAAGUGCAAAUGCUCCAUCUGCAGCUGCUCAACCAGCUAAUGUAUUUGAGCAAAUGAGAAGAGGGCUUGACAAGAUAGAAACUGAUGAGAUGAAGGAGGAGGCUCUUGAUAAGAAGGUGGAUCAAACUCAGAAGAGGACUCACAGCCGCUCUGAAAAUGUUAAUGUUGGUGUAGGUGGUAAUCAACACCAUCAGGAUACAAUGGGAAAGAAGCGAAAAAAUAUUACUGAUGAUCUUGCAACUAAUGUCAGAAGAGCCAGAACCAAACAAGCUGUUCUAGGCACUGGAAAAGGUGGCAAUAGUUUCUCAAGAUUUAAGAUGGCAUACAAUGCAAAGAAGCGGUCUUCCAAAUCAGAAGUCAGGGGUGCGCUGAUGGAGAAAGCUAAGUUUGGGAUUAUAGAGAAACUUGCAGAAUGGAAGGUGACUGGGAAGGAGGGGAAAGGAAAGAAGAAACAGAAGCCAGAAGACACCACUGCCAAGAUGGAAGAGAAGGAUAAGGGAAAGCCGUCAGUUGCUGCAGAUUCUGGCAAUUUUACUGAGGCAAGCAAGGAUGAUGCCUUGAAAAAUCUCUUUGAUGAAAUUCCUGAUGGGGAGCCCUCAAAUAAUCAUGAUUCUGAUUCAGAUUACGCUGAAACUGAAAAGGUAUCAAUGGAUGUUCCAGAUCCAGAUUUUUAUAAUUUUGACGGUGAUCGCUCCGAAAAUUCUUUUGGUGAUGAGGAGGUAUGGGCUGUCUAUGAUAAUGAAGAUGGCAUGCCUCGCUUCUAUGCCCUGGUUCAAAAGGUUGUGUCUGUCAAGCCCUUCAAGAUUCGCAUUAGUUUUCUCAUUGCAAAGAGUUGUUAUGAAUUCGGACAACUGAACUGGAUUGGCUCAGGAUUUGCCAAGACGUGCGGGACCUUCAAGAUUGGUAAAUAUGAAAUCAAUGAUACAGUCAAUAUAUUUUCUCACAAAGUUCGUUGGGAGAAAGGCUUACGGGGGUCCAUAAAAAUUGUUCCUCGGAGAGGUGAUGUUUGGGCUCUUUACAAAAACUGGUCUCCAAACUGGAAUGAAGAUACUGCAAAGGAUGUGAUAUAUAAGUAUGAAAUGGUGGAAGUGCUUGAUGAUUAUAACGAGCACCAGGGUAUAUACGUUAUGCCCUUACUGAAGGUUGCUGGUUUUAAAACUGUGUUUCACCGACACUUGGACCACCGAAAAGUGAGGAGGAUCGCAAAGAAAGAUAUGUUUCGUUUUUCACAUCAGGUUCCUGCUUAUGUACUCACUGGUAAAGAAGCUGAUAAUGCUCCAAAGGGUUGCCUUGAGUUGGACCCAGCAUCUACUCCAAUGGAACUUCUUCAGGUAAUUACAGUGGUGAAGAAAGACGAAGUUCUUAAAGCUGAUGACCUAGCGAAGCGAUCCUAGGUCCUUUUUGUGUAAUUGGCAAACUCAUCUCGUGUUCUAGCUGGUUAUGUUUUGCAAUUUGGAUGAGUUUGCUGAUCACAGGGGGAUGGGGUACUGGGAUGGAAAGUAUGCUUGCUGUGGUUAUUAUUAAUUGGUGGACAGCGGACCUCAACUUUUGCUUUCUUCGGAAGCUAUCUUGGAUAUCAAAGUCAUAGAGUCUCUUCUGUUGUGCUUGAAUUUUGGUCCUCAAGGUCACUAGAGCUGCUUUUGAUGGAAUUUGGUUGAGUCUGAUGAUUGAUAAAGGAAAUUUAUUGAAGGUAAAGCCUAAAUUUCAUCAAAGCUGAAACCAGUCCCUGAAUCUGAACCUCGACAUCAUUUGCUGAAGCACAAACCGAGGAGCUUGUCUUGACAAUGCAUAACCUGAUAGUUUUCUCUUUACCUUUUAUCAUUUUGCAGUGAAUAAUCAACCUUUUUGGUUGCUUGUUAUUGUAAAUAUAUUAUAAUUUGGUUUCAAAUAACUCUUGCGAGGAGUUAGUUCAUGUAGACCCUUUUGUUGGGAGGGUAUAUUCAUAAGCAAAGUAAACCUUGAAUUGUGUUAAGAGUUCCUUUUCAAUUACUGUUUGUUUAUCAAAUUAAUAUGUUCUGGAUGUUGUUUACUGAAA